AUGUCAGAGCUUCCCAGCAAUAUGAACGAUUUCCUCAAGGAUGUUUGGCCUAAGGUAGAACUCACUUUGAUCCCCGAAUCGGAGCUGCUAAGCAUCAGUGACGAUAAAACGAUGCAUUCAGACUACCAGGUUCUGAUGACGCGGCGCCUGAAGGUUGUGCACGCCACCAUGGAUGCUGUUGAUAACGAUAUCAGUCUUGUCGAGUUUGAGUUUUUCACAGCAAGGAACGAAGCCAUGAGACAAAUAUUUGAGGCAGGUCAUGAUAAGGUUUCGGCAAAUUACCUGUCCUGGCAUGUUGAGUACAAUGCUUGGGAGGCCAUCUUCGGCGACAGCAAGCCAUUCCCCAUUUCCAAACCGUCUCUCGGCCAGGAUGCCCAUGAUGAUGGGAAGGCCGGAAACGCAUCCUCCCUCAACCGUCCAGCAGCCGUCCAACAAGUUGACCCCGAGUAUGGCACGUUCAAAGUCUCUUUUCUCAAGGCUUGGGAACAAGACCUCGACAAACGUGAGCAGGAGCUCAUGAAGCAUUUUGAAGAACUCAAAAAAAAGCGAAAAGAGUUCGACAAGCGACAAGAUGACUUGAUCAAGAACAUGGAGCUCUGGAAGCAAAAACUUAGGAAAUGGGAGAACAAGCUGAUCUCUCAGGCCAAGGACUCCUCAUCUAGACAAUGA